AUGGCAGCAACCUCCGACGUUUGUGUGAGCUUGAACCUCCUAAUAGACACAAAGAGCCACAAAAUUUUGUUUGCUGAAGUGAGCAAAGAAGUUGCUGAUUUUUUCUUCCCUUUGCUUGCUGUCUUUGCAUGUUGGCACCGCAAGCUCUACGCAAGCCUUGAAAAUCUUAGCUACACAUACUUGCAACCUAAUCUCAACAAGAACACCCUGCUCAGACCCAAGUCAGUUGUUGCUGAAGUCGGCGGCAUGAACAUUUUGGAGCCACUCUGA